AUGGCCACCCGAUUACUCGGCGAAAUGUCUCCAGCGGAGGCAGAAUCCGUAUAUUUCAACGAAUAUCCCCCACCAAAGGCACUACCAAGACAUGAAGCGCUCGCGCGCGCAUUCAUCAAUCUCCACGUGGAGGAGAACCGGCGUGUAGUGCUCGUUACAUCCGGAGGCACAACAGUACCACUUGAAGCACAAACCGUGAGGUUCAUCGACAACUUCUCCGCCGGAACUCGAGGCGCCACAUCAGCCGAGUACUUUCUCGAGCAGGGGUAUGCAGUGAUCUUUCUACACCGUCAAUACAGUCUCCUACCAUACUCGCGGCACUACAGCCAUUCAACCAAUUGCUUCCUAGACUUCAUGGAUGAGGCGCCUGCCUCAGCGGAAUCCUCCAACUCCGGACAUGGAGCUAUCAUGGUGCGCGACGAGUACCAAGACCAGAUGCGGAGCGUGCUGCGGAAAUACCGAUACGCGAAGCAGAACAAUCGCCUCCUCUUGUUGCCGUUCACGACAGUCUCGGAAUACAUGUUCGAGCUGCGGUCAAUUGCGAAGCUGAUGCGGCCGCUUGGGCCGAAUGCGCUCUUCUUUCUUGCGGCUGCUGUCAGCGAUUUCUUUAUUCCGCGCAGUCGCAUGUCAGAGCAUAAGAUCCAGUCUGGUGAAUUGCCUCAACACAUGCGUGGCAGCGCAAUCUUGUCAGACGAACUCUAUACAGGCGAGAACGAAGAAAAUCCCUCGUCAAAUAGCAGGAAGCUUGUCAUCAAUCUCGAUCCCGUGCCCAAGUUCUUGCACCAGUUGGUGGAUGGAUGGGCCCCCGAGGGGAGUAUGGUUGUUUCAUUCAAACUGGAGACGGAUCCCUCGCUACUUGUAUACAAGGCGCGCACUGCUUUACAGCGCUACUCCCACCACCUGGUGAUUGGCAACUUGCUUUCCACACGCAAGUGGGAGGUUGUUUUCAUUACCCCCGAUGAGCCACACGAACGCUGGCUCCGGGUUCCCAAGUCUCGGCGAAGCAAGAGUAUUUCUGGUGUUGAGGACCAGGUUGGAUUGGCAGAGGCUAAGAAGGGGAACUCGACAACGCUGGAGCAGGUGGAAGCUGAGCAAAUUGAUGAGACUAGUCGGGAUGGAAUUGAGAUUGAGAGUCUUAUCAUUCCGGAGUUGGUUAAACUGCACACGAAGAUGAUUAAAAAGACAGAACCUGCACAGUGA